AUUAAUAGAAAUAUGCAUUGCUAUAAUAUCAUAUUGGAAUUGAUGAAGUGGAAAUACAGAUGAAGACAGUCUAAAGAAUUGAAAUAAAAUAUAGUUUCUUCCAGCUCACCAAUUGAGGAGACAAAGUUGGAGGAUUUAUUAAAUCAUCACUAACUGUCAACCACGAAAUCUCAUGAGGCUUCAUUGAACAAACCAAGUUUAAAAUUUGUCAAGCAGCUGGGCCAUUUGCUAAGUGUGACAGUGCACAGAAAAGAUUAAAAGUGAACAAUGACUCAACUGAAAGCACACAUCACAUUACUGGGAGCCUAUCUGUUCAUUAGUCUUCAUGUUCAAGGGCAAAAUCUAGACCGCAUGCUCCACGGCACAGGAAUGAAAACAAAUCCUGACCAGAAGAAACCGGCAAGUGGAGUAACAUUGGCUCCAGAGGACACCUUACCUUUUCUACAGUGCUAUUGUUCAGGACAUUGUCCAGAUGAUGCUGUUAAUAACACAUGCAUAACUAACGGACAUUGCUUUGCCAUUGUUGAAGAAGAUGAACACGGAGAACCUGUCCUUGCUUCAGGCUGCAUGAAAUAUGAAGGUUCAGAUUUUCAGUGCAAGGAUUCCCCAAAAGCACAGCUACGUCGGACAAUUGAAUGCUGUCGAACUGAUUUCUGCAAUCGGGAUCUACAACCCACGCUCCCCCCAGUUGGUGGUACAGAUGGACUUUUUGAUGGCGGCAUUCGUUGGAUGGCAGUGCUGAUUUCGAUGGCAGUCUGCAUCAUUGUUAUGAUCAUCUUAUUUAGCUGCUUUUGUUACAAACAUUACUGUAGAUGGGCAGCAAAAAGACGUUGUUAUAAUCGUGAUCUGGAGCAAGAUGAAGCAUUAAAGGAUCUUAUUGACCAGUCACAGAGUUCUGGGAGUGGAUCAGGACUACCGCUGUUGGUUCAGCGCACUAUUGCCAAACAGAUUCAGAUGGUGCGACAAGUUGGGAAAGGGCGAUAUGGUGAGGUGUGGAUGGGUAAAUGGCGAGGUGAAAAAGUUGCAGUGAAAGUAUUUUUUACCACUGAAGAAGCCAGUUGGUUCAGAGAAACUGAGAUUUACCAGACUGUUCUAAUGCGUCAUGAAAAUAUACUUGGUUUUAUAGCAGCUGAUAUUAAAGGCACAGGCUCCUGGACCCAGCUUUACUUGAUUACGGAUUACCAUGAAAAUGGAUCCUUGUAUGACUUCCUGAAAUGUGCCACACUUGACAACAGGGCUUUGCUCAAACUGGCAUAUUCUGCUGCAUGUGGUCUGUGCCAUCUACACACAGAAAUUUAUGGGACACAAGGCAAACCUGCUAUUGCACACAGGGACCUGAAGAGUAAAAAUAUCUUGAUAAAGAAAAAUGGAAGCUGCUGUAUAGCUGACCUGGGCCUUGCAGUCAAAUUUAACAGUGAUACAAAUGAAGUUGACGUCCCUUUGAAUACAAGAGUGGGAACAAAACGUUACAUGGCCCCAGAAGUCCUAGAUGAAAGCCUAAAUAAAAAUAAUUUCCAGCCAUAUAUCAUGGCUGAUAUCUACAGUUUUGGCUUGAUCAUUUGGGAAAUGGCUCGGCGUUGUGUCACAGGAGGUAUUGUUGAAGAGUACCAGUUGCCAUAUUAUGACAUGGUGCCGAAUGAUCCAUCUUAUGAAGAUAUGAGAGAGGUGGUUUGUGUCAAGCGCCUACGCCCAGUAGUGUCUAAUAGAUGGAAUAGCGAUGAGUGUUUAAGAGCAGUGUUGAAGUUAAUGUCUGAAUGCUGGGCCCACAAUCCUGCCUCUAGACUUACAGCCCUGAGGAUCAAGAAGACACUUGCCAAGAUGGUGGAGUCACAAGAUGUAAAGAUUUGACAGAAUAAUAUAGUACUGAGGAGCAGAGUAGAACUCAUAGAACUUUUCACCCUGAUAAGGGUGGGACCUAAGUGAGAAGAGGAAGCAACUGAGAUUCAAUCUAUUUCCUCACCUCACUUUUACAGGCUGCUAAUAUUAAUAUCUUUCAGUACUUUGUAGAAAAUAAUGCUGAGAGUCUCUGUACACUACUUGCUACAUAUAUGGACAGCCAUGUUUUAAAUAUGCAUAUUGUUUUUAUUUUAAGCUGCGUCGAUACUUUUAUUCACUUAUUCUUCAGUAAAACUCUGGGUACUGAAUUGCAUGUUCAGAGUACAGUGCUUUCUGUGAAAGCCUUAAGCUAAAUGGAUUCAACAGAGAUGGAGAAAUAUAAGCUUUUUGUCUUCUACCUGAUGAAACCUAAUUGAUUCAUACUAGGUCUUUCUGAAGCAGUCUGUAGGUUAGGAAUCUGUUUGGAAUACUACCAAGUUUAAGGGUUCCUAUGCCUUAUAUGGAUCUUUUAUGUGUGUGCCAGGGUUUUUUGGCUGCCAUUUAGGAUAGAUGAUAACUUAAGUUCACAGAAGGAUUUAUGGUCAUAGCCCCAUGUAUUUCAUGAUUUCACAGUUACAAGAUUUUCCACAGAAUUGAUCUCUAGAACCUCAGUUUCAUGUUGAAAUAAUUACAGUGCUGUGCUGUUUUGGUUGCAAAGGGAGCAUCGGAAAUGCGAACAGUGUAAACCAGUGUCCAUCUGAAGGCUUGUCAACACGAUGCAGCAGUGCACACACUAGAGGGGUGUGAUUUCUAAAGUAUACCAACUGCUGGCAACAAUUAUAAGUUCCCUAGAACGCUUAAUGUAAAUGCUGCUUGUUAAUAUGCACUAGGGAUCGUUUUAGUGGAUGCCAGCAGAGUGUUUGCCAGCCACUAAGUGUCAGCACACAAGUGCAUUUUAGGAAUCACACCCCUCUUAAUAUGCAUUGCCAUGCUGUGGAAACAAGCCAAGAGCCUGCAAAGAGCUUGAAACAGUGAUUUUGAAAGAUGUGAUCAUCUCACUUGGCGCUCAUUGUACUCCAUGAUUAUGUGCUUGUGAAAAUUGGCUUUUUCAUGGUACAAGGGAAGUCAGCAUUUUUGCUGUAGAAUUCAUCAUUUAGACCUUUUGCUUUCUGUUUUACCUCUCUGCCUUGCUGGUAGCUAUCUGCUGUUGCCUGUUUGCAUCUUUUCCCAUGAGAGAGAAUUAAAUAGAUUGCACUACAUAUUCCUUUAACUUUUCUAUAGAGCCAGGCAGGAGUGGAGGAGGUUUGAGAGCCAGAGCUGGAGUCCAGUUUGCAGCUAAGGCCCACUCCCAGAAGUUCGGACUGGGCAGCUAGGAAAUAGAGAAUAUAGUAGCAUCCACAGACUAGGGAACUUAGAUGAACAACUGAAGCUGACUUGCCUACAUGAGGCAGGCAAAGGAGAUUCUGAUCUGGAUCACGCUGACAGUGUCAUUGCUGCUUGAAGACCAUAGAGCUGGGCCAUCUAGAGCAAGGGUCUUCAAACUCUGGGUUAUGGCUUAUAAGGGCAAGUUGCUAGCUGGCCGCAAGAUGCUUUACCUACCCCUCUGUAGGUACGAGCAAUUGUAGCUCCAUUGUUUUGGCAGUGGAUCAUCGUUCCCAGCCAAUGGGAGCUGUGUGAAAUGGUGUCCUGGUCCGCAUCACUUCCUACAGCUCCCAUUGGUCCGCAGCCAAAGGGAGCUGUUAUUGCCAGUACCUUCAGAGGCGUGGGUAAGCAAAGCAUCUCAUGGCCAGCUAACAGAUUUCCAUUACAAGCUACAACCCAGAGUUUGAAAAUCCCUGAUCCAAAGGACACAUUGAAAAAACAUAACCAAAUACUAUCAUUGCUGAAAAUGAUCUACAAAUCAGUGAGUAUUUUCAGCUGAAUUUAACAUGUGACAGAAAUGGGAUUGAAAGGUGCUUUAGGGAGGUACAAUAAAUUAACAUUGCUGCAGAAUUUGGUUAAGAGUUGCCAUUAUAAUACACAGUGCUGUGCUUAUGAUUCUGUGUUGAAAAAACUGGCUAGUUAUGUGAAAACAUUUGACUUGCCCAGGAAAUCAAAUUUUUCUUUCCUUUUCCUUUUCCUUUUCCUUUUCCUUGACCUAGACAAGUUGAUAUGAAAGGCCAAAAAAAUACCCCAAAUGUUUGAAGUUGGGUCAUUAGUUAUGUACCAUUAAUUGGUCAUAGUUAGUUUGAAAUCACAGAAAAAGCAUAACUUAAGUUUAAACUCACAAUGCUAUGAAUCUUCUGAACACUAAAAACAAACGUUCAGUUAAGCCUCAUUUAAGUGCCUCUAACCUUGUACUGUAAACUUUAUUCUGGAUCAUUUUACAAAGGGAAGCUAUUUAUAUACCGGUAGUUGUAAUGUGCUCUGUUUUAAAACACCUUGUUAUGGGUGCAUGUGUGCACACAUGCCAUAGUGCAGGUUUGGAGGAAAAAAAUAAUAGGAAUAAUGUUGAAAUUUGUCAGAUAUGUAGUAAUUUCAUAUUAAGGUUUUUGUUAAAUUAUCUGUCAUCUUAAAAUGUGUAUAUAGAAAUUGCUUUGAAGUGCACAUUUAUGAACAACUGCAAAUAACUAUAUAACAUUGCGGGAUUUUAAACUUCUAUUCCAUGGUUUGCAGAAAGUAAGUGGUCAGGCAAAAAAUUGUAGGUUUUUUUUAUUUUCUCUUGUGAUGUACAGACUUUAUUUAACAAUACUACAUAUCUUAUAGCAAAUUAGUUAUCUCAAGGGAUUUUUCUUUUUUAAAAUAAAGUCAUUACUUAUGUUCAGUAAUGCCUUUAAGUAUUAAUAUGUAUUCUGGUUGAACAAUUCAUGGAUGUGGCAAGUAUAAUUUUAACUUAUUUGAAGACCGUGAUAGACAAAAAUGUGCCACAAUCCCUAUGAAAAAAGGGGCUAUAAAAAUGUCCGUCCAUUGCCAUGAAAGAUAUAAGAUGAGGCUGAAGUUGCUAAGCAUGUCUUUGUGCAUUAGUUUGCACAAUAUUUUGAGGGGAAUUCUGCGCCAAAAUAUUAAAAUUUCUGCAUGCAGUAUUUUAAAUUUUGUGUAUUUUGUUAAAAUAAUCCAAUAUAAUCAUGCUGGUUUCAAUUAUUUUGGUAAAUUUAUUUAAACUACAGUACAAUGAAUGGAGAAUGAGAGCGGGGAGCAUUCUCGGAAAUCCCCAGACACUCUCUGUCUAGCAAUAAUGUAAUGAGUAUUGACCUUUACUUCUAAGCAACAGAUAUAUGCAGCUAUAUGCUUAGUAUUAUAUCAUAGGCAAUUGAAAGCGAGGACUGGGGAUUCGUACUCACAAUUUAUAUUGGCUACUGACCAUCUCCAGAAAGAUAAAUAACAAACAGUUCAUGGAGCACAUUUUGAUACAAAAAAAUUUCAGUCCAAAAAUGUAGACCAGUUCUAAUCACUAAAGCACCAUACCCAUUUAUAUAAGCCCGUACUGUCCUUUAAAAUAAGGCUCUUUUACAGGACUCUAGCAAUAUAAAAGAGCUUUAAAAUUUUGAUACCUGUUUUUUGCUCCUGGGGGAGUUCACUAAGAAAAUGGAAACAGUUCAAUAAACAGGUGGACAGCAACAUUCUGCUCUGCUUAAGCGGACAGAUCCUGUCUCACACCUCUUCAGAAACACCCCAUGCCUUACCUCACCAUGUCAAUCUGACCACAAUAGCUAACAGGAACAGUGCCUCUCCACCCUGAUGGUGAUUUACAUCUCUAUGCGCUGCUCUGGGCACCCAAACUGACCUGCUUGCAGAGAUGGAGAAGGGCAUGUGAUCAUUCUUGUGGCUCCACUUUGAUUCCCUGUCAGUCAUUUUUCUGCAGGGAAGCAAAGAAAUUUGCAGGGGCCAUGAAUUCUGUUCAUACCCAGUGAUGCAGAAUUCCCCCAAGAGUACUGCAGGUAAUUCGAAAAUAUUUGACACAAGUCAUAAAACUAUUAGUUUUCUACAGGCAGUUUCCACCCCCCUGCUACCCUGGGUUUUUAACAAUAAAAAGGAAAAUGUUUAUGCACAUAUCCAAUAACUUGCUCUUUCAGAAUGUGGAGUGUUUUGUUGAUUGAAUCCAUUCCUAUGUUGGAAUAUUUGUAUUCAUCUCAUAAAGUGCCAUUUGAAUUGGACGUCUUCAUUAGUAACGAUUUAUUUGCUGACAUUUAAUCUUGACUUUUUUUCUGAAGUCUUUAAGGAAAAUGCUGGUAACCUAAACAAAACAACAGAGAAGUAAAAAUGAAACAGCUUUUAAAAAUUAUUCACUGAUUUCCUUUUCUUUCCCCUCUCCAAAUAAUUAUUGCUUAGUUUUUUGUAAGGCAAAACGUCGGUGAUGCUGAGGGUAACUGCAAUUAAACACCUGUAGUUGACCCAGGACAAAUGACUUAGGCUUGCAGGGCUCAGGCUAAGGGGAUGUUUAAUUACAGUGUAGAUGUUUGUGCUUUGGCUGCAGCCUCAGCUCAGAGGGACUCUCAGUCCAGGUCUUCGCUCUGGGGAAGUUCAGUGGCUUCCGGAUUGAUCUUUCAGAGUUCGAUUUAGCGGAUCUAGCAAAGAUCUGCUAAAUUGAACUCAGAGGGUGCUUCCAUUUGGCAGCUAGUACUCUUGCUCCUGUGAAGAGUAAGGGGAGCUGACAGGAGCAUUUGCUCCCCAUCGGCGUCCUGCUGUGGAGAAGGGGAUUGAGGAACUCAAGGAACAUCGACUCCAGAUACAUAAUUAAUGUAAUUGGAAUUGCAUAUCUUAAUUUGACCUUCCUCUUUAGUGUAGACUUGGCUUCAUCCUAAAGCCUAGGUGCCAGCCUGAGCCUGAAGGUAAAUAGCUCCUUAGCCUGUGUCAGCUUUCAUGGACCCUCCAGGAGUUUUUCAUUGCAGUUUAGACAUGUCCUGAUUAAAUACCUUAACCCUUUAAAAGGCUUUACAAAAAAGGGACUUUUAAAUAAAUUCACUGAGCUACGUUCAGUGAUGAAAAUCCAAAUUAGAUAAGUGAUAUUAUUCAACUUCCAUAGGCCUCUAACUAGUUUACAAGGUAGACAUUACUGAAAGUACAAGGCUUUAAAAUCUUGGAAAACUGGCUGUUUCAUUUGUAUGCACCAUAUUUUCCUUAAUUAUUUCAUUUACAUUUUAAAAUUAUCUUUAAAUGUUGAUAUUUAAAAAGCAGAAUUAAUCUUCAACUGUUACCUCUGUAGUAAGCCUAGAAUCAAAUUUUAGAAUGUCAUCUAAAUGACCAUUGAAUGUGCUAUAAGGUUAAUUCUUUGAAUGCAAAUCAGUUAUGUUGUCUUCACGUACUAUGUUUUAAAGUAAGAUAACAGACUAAAGCUAUUUGAAGAGUAAAAAUGUCACUUGUGUUUAAAAUUAAAAACUGUUUUUCAUUACUGUAAUGUUUAAAGGGAAGUAAUAUUUAUCUUCUAGUUUUGUUAGGAAAUGAUUUUAGCAGUUCUCCAUUGUUGUGACAGUGCUUCUGUAAGAAGUCAGAGGACCCAAUUCUGCUUCCACUGGAUGUACCCUAUGUAGGGGUGACAUAAUGGUAUGCGAUACAGAGAGUUUCAUGGAGUUCACAGCAUAGUAGCCAUGGUCUAAUAGUUAUAGCAAAGGUGGAGUGGACAUUAUUUUAUGUAAUUUGUUCAACAAAUUUAAUGUAAUUGUUGCCUUGUUCUAUAUUAUUCUUACAUGCAAUUAAGCCCCACAUACUGUUGUGAAGUUUGUGCUCUGAUCUACCCAUACCCAAUACGAAAUGUAUUAUAUUGUAUACAAAAAAUAGCAUUGUAGUGUAGUUAGAGAAGAUGUAAAUAAAAAGAGAGAAGGGUAGAUACAAGCAAAAUGAUUACACUAUUGUGUUUGUUGUAUGCCAAAAGUGUAGAAUAAUCUUUUAAAAUGUAACACACUAAUGUAUUUUGUAUAGCAUCUGAUUUAAAAGGUGCCUUAUUAAGUUUACCAUGAAUUGCUUUUUUCUGUACACAGAUUAUGUCCACUGUAUCAUUUUUAAGUAAAUAAUCUUAUUUUAGUAUAUA